AUGUCCUGCUACCCCCGGUGCCAGCCCUGCCAGCCCUGUGGGCCCACCCCGCUGGGCAGCAGCUGCAAUGAGCCCUGUGUCAGGCAGUGCCAGGACUCCACCGUGUUCAUCCAGCCCUCGCCCGUGGUGGUGACCCUGCCUGGGCCCAUCCUCAGCUCCUUCCCCCAGAACACCGCCGUGGGAUCCUCCAGCUCUGCUGCUGUUGGCAGCAUCCUCAGCUCUCAGGGAGUGCCCAUCAGCUCUGGGGGCUUUGGCCUCUCUGGCCUGGGCAGUGGCAUCUGUGGCAGGAGGAGCUUCCCCUGCUAA